AGGGGCAAAUAUUGAAAAAAAAUGCCCUGUCAAAACAAUUACGAUAAAAAUAUUGAAAAUCAGUGACACGGAAUUUAAUAACAAAAGGAAGAAAAAAAUUCCCAGGACUUUUUUUUUCCCUCUCUAUACACAAUAAUAAUAAUAAUAAUAAGGAAAAGAAAAUGUAUAAUUUUUAUCGCGCCUGGUUUGGCUCGGAACAAACCUGUCCUCGUCUCGAGACCCUUUCACCCCCUGACACUUUGAUUCGAGUGGGAAACGAAGGUGAACAUCAAUUUGUUGCACAUCGUGCAAUUUUAGCCGCUCACAGUGGAUAUUUAAAGGCAUUAUUGUCAAAUAAUAAUUCCACAAAUUCAACAUCGUCUUCCGAUGGAAAUUCAGUUAUUAGUUCAAUUUCCGUUUCGUCAAUUGGUGGCGAGGCAUUUGCACCGCUACUCAACUAUAUGUACACGGGUCAUUUGGAUGUAACUUUGGACAACAUUUAUAGUGUUUUGUUGGCAACACAUUUAUUACACAUGCCAGGAGCAUUGGAACAAUGUAGAGCCGCUUUAUUGAGACUGAGAACACCACCUGCAAUUCCAGUUCAACAAACUGGCCAAGGAAAUGUACUGAGACCAGUGCCAAAUCGAUUGACAGUGGGACCACCAUUGUGUUGGCCACAAACAAGCUUAUACGGUCCCGGGCCCAUUAUUUCACGAUUGCCAUCUUUACAUUUGCCACCGUCAAUUAUUCCCCCAAUUUUUCAGGAUAAUCCCGGAUCGUCACUUUCCUACAGUGCGAGAGAAAGGUCACUAUCGCCAAAAUCAUCGACAUCACGUCCCCAACGAUCACAUUCGCGUUCACGUUCACGUUCACGUUCAAGAUCUUUGACUCCCAUAAUUCCUCAGGUGGUGCAAUUAACGCCACAAUUUGCGAAAAAACGAAAAAUUCUUGACGAGUCAACGCCGCCAACAAAAAGUAAUAAUUCAACACUUUCCGAGGAUAGUGAAAAAAUAUCAGUGACUCACGUUGAACACAUUUCGCAACAGUUGCGUCGAACAAGAUCAAACACCGAACAGGAAAGCAAUUCAAGCGGAAGUGUCGUUUACGAUGUCGCCUGUUGCGACGGACCCGUGAGAUUUCAUCGUGUUUUAAAUGAAAAUUAUUCCGCACCUUCGACGGGCACUGCAAUACGUCCGAGAAGUUGCUUGGAAAAUGAAGACAACACUUCCGGCGAAAACGAUGAGAACGGACGACCGGAAGACGUGACACAAGAAUUAACGAGCGAUUGUGGCGUUUCUGGAAAUUAUACAUGCAGCUAUUGUCAGCAUACAUUUAAAUCGCAAUAUUGUUAUCGUAAACACGCGAGAAGACAUCUUUUGCCAACCGAGGCUGAAUCAAGUCGAAAUCAAAAUCAACAAUUACAGCAACAACAACAGCAACAACAACAACAACAACAACAACAGCGUCAAAAUCAUCAUCAUCAUCAACAUCAUCAUCAUCAAGAUAAACGUCGACGUGAAGUACGACUUCUCGAUCUUAAUGUACAAUAUUAUCCAUGUAAAAUUUGUGGAAGUAAAUUUCCCAGCUAUUAUUUUGUUCAUAAACAUCGAAAAAUGUGCCAUUCAAAUAAUAUUGAUGAGACGCCAACAAGGGAUAAUAAUAAUUCACAACAUGAGGAAAUUGUCAUUAAUAAUGAGGCAACAAGUGAUACGAAUGAGAAAAAAUUGACGAACUAAUGAAGAAAUUAUUUUCUUCAAUGAGAAGGAAAAAUUAAAGAAGAAGAAGAAUUCGAAAAAUCAUUAAUGAACAUUUUUAAAAAUUUUCGCUUGUAAAAUUAAAUAAUAAUUUGCGUGAUCUUUUUUUAUAAUAUAAAUAUUAUUGCGAAUAUAUAUUUUUUUUCUAGACAUUUUAAAAGUGUAACGAAUUUCAUUAUCGAACUGUUUAUUUUUUUGGGGCAAAUUUUUCUUCGAUAAAGAAACAAAAAACGCUGAUUUUCUAUAGAAAUAAAUUAAUCUCAAUAUUGCAAUAUUUUUUCAUUUUUGUAUAGA